AAGUACACCAACAGUGUUUCCUUAUGUGAGGAUGUCUUCUUUUUCUUAUUUGCUCAUGAUAUACAGUACGUUUUCAUUUUAAGGGGUUGAAACUUCAGCUUUUGUGAACUGAGCACCAGUUUCAACAAAUGAUCAGAACAUCAAGAUCAUGUUUAUGCAGAAUGUUUUAUAGUGCUUGUCGUCAAUAGGGUCACAGGUGAGCUGGAGCCUAUCCCAGCUGACUAUGGGCAAGAGGCUAGGUACAACCAACAGCCAAUCAAAAGCCCUAACCUAUGCUGAUACAGUCGUAAAGUCAUAACUACGGUAUUAAUUAAUCAUAAAUAUAAAACCAUCAAAUGAAAAACAGUAAAUACGGUUGUAACUGAGCAUGCCUUCUUGUGCCGUAUGAUACUACAUUCUUAUGCUGUGUGCUGUUUUUAACCUUCAACUGUCAAGUAUAAACAACUUGGAUAAUAUGUUGAGGUUAUGGCAAUACAUAAAUUUCGGAAACCCUGUUGUAGAUCACUGAGUUGACGUGUCGCAAGAUGUGGUUGAGCUCUACUUUGGCAUUGUAUCUUUUCCCUGAAAUGUUUGGUCACACUCCAAAAUGUAUGACCACUUUCAAGGUUCCACUCAAUUUAUUUUCUCUGGACACUAUCCUCAUUUGCUGUUUUGGACAAUUGUGGUUCAAUUCAAGGUUGAUCGUUUGAGGGUGUGAAGUUGAGAGGCUCUAGGGAGUCCUUUCUCUAAACAAAUGGAAAGCGAUGCGGUGAUCUGCUCAAGGUCAGCGCUGCGGUCAAAUCAGGACUGCGUCGUCCGUUCCCUCUGGCCUUCUUGCCUCGCUGAACCUCGAACUAUGCGCAGACCGCAGUCCAAACAAUGAGGGGACGGGAAUCAACAGGCAUCCUUGAUGGUAGGGUGGCAUGAGAAGGAUAGGCUCACCCGCAUUUGCACCAAGCCUGUACUUAGAGCUGCCCGAUGAUAUCAUAAUAAAAGGGUUUUUGGCUUCACAGAAACACUACAACAAACACAUCCUUCCCUGUGUAUAUUGCCGAGAAAGUUUUGAGAUGACCCUGAGCCCAUGCCGGCUUCCCAGCACUCUGCGGCAUUGAUCAAAUGACUGCAGGAGCGGUAUUACUACUACAUCUUUAUAAGCGUUCUUUCCACCACAUAGUAAACUACCAAUUCCAAGCUUUAGGUUCACAAAUGAGUCACUGAUGGUGUAGUGGUACACUCGCUUGACUUUGGUGCGGGCAGCGUGGGUUCAGUUCCCACUCAGUGACGGUGUGAAUGUGGGUGUGAAUGGUUGUCUGUUUCUAUAUGUGCCCUGUGACUGACUGGCGACCAGUUCAGGGUGUAGUCCGCCUUUUGCCCGAAGUCUGCUUGGAUAGGCUCCAGCGCCCCGCGACCCUAACCAGGAUAAGCGGUGUUGAAAAUGGAUGGAUGAGGUUCACAAAUGUUCAUUAUGAGCGUUUGUUUUGGUCUUUUCUUCUGAUGUUUUAUUUGCUUUUACAAUCGCACACUGUGCCGGAUCAAAUGCUCUCACAGGCCACCAAAGUGAUUCACUGUGUUGGCUUUUCAUAAUGUCAUCGAGGCAGAGAAGGUCCCCAUCUCAGCUCCAGUAAUAGUUUUUCUUCCCUCAAAGCAGAGAGAAUACAUGCCUCUUAGUGUUUUUGCAUGCUCUGUUUGUAUCUGUUGCUGCUCCAUGUAUGUGAAAGUAGCAGUUGUUGGAAAGUUUCUAACAAUUGCAACAUCAAUGCUAAUUCCCAUUAACCAGUCCAUGGCGUUUCACAUUAUAUGUUAGCAUUAAGCUAUCAGACUUUCGUUAGAUGAAGUUACAUGGUUUGGUUGAAUAUAUUAGUGUUUAAAUAUACAAUGUUCAAUUCUCAGCAGCACAGUGAUGCUAGUGAGGAUAAGCUGUACAGAAGAUGGAUGCGUGUACAUGCACUUAUUAUAUGCAUGCAACUAACAACGAGACUAUAUCAGCUUUACAACAUGCACAAAAUAAAACUUGAUGCAACGGAAGCCCCUGAAUUAAUUUUUCAUCUUUUUGCUUAUAGUGGGAUGAGGACGUCAGGCUUUUUAAUAUCCUUCUGAGAGCCAUUCUCAAGUCAUGUUGGAAAAAACAUGACACAACACAGCCUGUGUGAAGUGGACCUCUCUAGGCUACUCUAAAUAGUGGAAUUGACAAUUUACUACUAUUUUAAUAACCUGCAUGCUUGUUUAGGGGUGAAUAAAAAAGUAAUGGAGGGGGGUUGCUGGUACCGGCAUACAAUGUUUUGAGGUUAAAACUGCGCCAUGAAGUAGUUUGUGUAGAUGUGUAAAAAGAAGUCAAUCUUACAGUUGUUGUUUUUUUUAGGAGGGGGUGGGGAUUGUUUUAUAUCUAUGGCCUGUAAAAGUUUUUACAUAAAUAUUUGCGAUAUUUAUGUCUACUAUUCCUUUAGCAUGGAUUCCUCAUCACUGAGGGAAAUUAUCCUUUUUCAUUAAGUUGCUCUGAAAGGUACAGAACAAUUAAAUGCUCUUCCACUAAAUGGCAGAAGGUAGGAACUGUGUAGGCCUAUAGUAGCUAUCUGUUGCCAUUCAACAGAAUACUAGUUUUGUGUUCAACAAAAGUAGUAAAUCUUUCAGUAACUAGAGAGGACCUCAUCAUUAUUUUAGCAUAUAUACUUACAUAUAUACUACUACAAUUUUGUGUUGAUAGAACCCGCCGGUCCCCCCCCCCCCUCCCGGUUCGAACUGGUAUUUGUAACAUUUACCUACAUUUUACAAGCUAACCCAAAAUUCAUAUAUUGUAUUCUUCUCGUUCUUCAGUCAGUCCUUGUGCAAUACUGCCAUCUAGCGGCCAAAUGGGUACAACAUCCACGGUUACUACUUCCGGGUCACAUCAACGCAACCUCUGCUCGUUCACUCACUUGUGGGGAAAUCCUAAACGCUAACACGGUCAUUUUUUGUGUGUUUUGCAAUGUAUCACCAACCCGUAUUGAAGAACCGGCGUUCGCUUUUAGAGAGGGCUGAGAAGUUCGUUUCCGACAUUUAUUUCACAGACUGCAACCUGCGAGGACGGCUAUAUGGAGAAACUCAACCACUGGAAUCCCUCAGCUCAUUUAUGUCCUCCAAACGCAUAACAUUCUCAGAAGCGCAAACGCACAACUUUAGUCCUUAUAAAGUUGGAGAUAACUUUGGACCAACGUGGUGGACGUGUUGGUUUAAAGCAGCCCUGAAAAUCCCUGUGUCCUGGAGAGGAAAAGAGGUUCAUCUUCUGUGGGAAAGUGAUGGGGAGGUGAUGGUUUGGAGGGAUGGACAACCAGUUCAGGGUCUGACUAAAGAAGGUGAAAAAACAAGUUACAUCCUUUCAGACUGUCUCACAGAGGAGGAGGCACACAGUGUGAGUGUCUAUGUGGAGCUGGCCUGCAAUGGACUUUUUGGAGCGGGUCAAGGAUCCAUGAUUGCACCUCCAGAUCCGAACAGGACAUUCUCCGUACAGAAGGCAGAACUGGUGGUAUUUAACAGAGAUGUCAGGGAGCUGCUGACUGAUUUUGAGAUGCUGAUUGAUAUCGUGAAGGAAUUGGGCGAGAGUGAGCAGCGGAGCUUCCAGGCGCUUUUCACCAUCAAUGAAAUGGUUAACGUGAGCAACCCAGCUGAUCCCAGCUCUUUUUCCAAAGCACACGCUCUGGCUCACAAGUUCUUCAGCCAGCGCAACGGCCAAAGCCAACACACCGUCCAUGCCAUGGGCCACUGCCACAUAGACUCAGCUUGGCUGUGGCCUUACGAAGAAAGCAUUCGCAAGUGUGGUCGGAGCUGGGUGACCGCGAUCCGUCUCAUGGAAAAUAACCCAGAGUUUGUUUUUACUUGUUCUCAGGCCCAGCAGUUUGAUUGGGUCAAGAGCUGGUAUCCAGGACUCUUUUCAGAGAUUCAACAUUACGUCAAGACGGGACAGUUCAUCCCAGUCGGAGGGACGUGGGUGGAGAUGGAUGGCAAUCUCCCCUCAGGAGAAUCUAUGGUAAGGCAGUUCCUGGAGGGCCAGCGUUAUUUUGAGCAAGAAUUUGGGAAGAGGUGCAAAGAGUUCUGGCUUCCAGAUACAUUUGGCUACUCAGCACAACUACCUCAGAUAAUGCAGGGUUGUGGAAUUUCCAAUUUUUUAACACAGAAACUCAGUUGGAACCUCGUGAACACCUUCCCUCACAGCACAUUUUUCUGGGAAGGACUUGAUGGCUCCAAGGUCUUGACUCACUUCCCACCUGGAAAUUCCUAUGAGAUGAUGGGCAAGGUUGAAGACCUUGUAAAAACCGUCAAGCAAAACAAAGACAAAGGCCGGACCAACCACAGCGCUGUGUUGUUUGGAUUUGGUGAUGGUGGCGGCGGUCCCACACAGUUGAUGCUGGAUAGACUCAGUCGGGUCCGGGACACAGAUGGACUUCCCAAGGUUCACAUGUCCAGCCCUGACAAGCUCUUCUCUCAGCUUUGGGUUGACUCACAUCUGCUGUGCACUUGGAACGGAGAACUUUUCCUUGAGCUGCACAAUGGCACGUACACCACACAGGCACAGAUCAAGCGAGGCAACCGCCAGUGUGAAACACUCCUACAUGACAUUGAGAUGGCCAGCAGCUUGGCCCUGUGUCAGGACAAAACCUUUCAGUAUCCUGUGGUGAAGCUGCGGGAACUCUGGCGGUUUCUGCUGCUGAACCAGUUCCAUGAUGUAAUCCCUGGCAGCUGUAUCGAGAUGGUUGUGGAGGAUGCACUGAGGUAUUAUGAAGAUAUCAGUAGAACCGGUGCUGCACUCCUGGAAAAUAGCCUUAGCGCCCUGGUGUCUAAGGGCGAUGCCACAGCUGUCUUCAACUCUUUGCCCUGGGAGCGCCUCGAAGUCCUCCAGAUACAAGAGGGCCCCGGUAAACACGGUUUAGCUCUGGUGAGAGCUCCUAGCAUCGGUGUAGCUGCUAUUCAAGACACAAAGCCUGUGACUCCAGUCUGUGUUACUGUUCAGGCUGACGGCAGUGUCCUGAUGGAAAACGGGAUCAUACGGACUGUUGUAAACAAAGAUGGCACACUGACAUCGUUGUGUUUGAUCGCCGCAAACAGGGAAGCAAUUCCGGAUGGCUCCAGCGGUAACCAGUUUGUCAUAUUUGAUGAUGUACCUCUGUACUGGGACGCUUGGGAUGUAAUGGACUACCAUCUUCAGACAAGGCUUCCUGUGGUGGAGGUGCUGCAGCCUGCCCAUGUGCUGUCAUCACAUGAGCUCAGAGGAAGUGUUAGCUUCACACUAAGGAUCAGUGACAAGAGCACAGUCACGCAGGAGAUCGUGAUGGACGCCAUGUGUCCCUACAUUAAGUUCAACACGCAGGUGAACUGGGCUGAAUCACACAAGUUUCUAAAGGUUGAAUUCCCAGUGCGAGUGCACAGCCCCAACGCAACAUAUGAGAUCCAGUUUGGGCAUCUGCAGAGACCCACGCACAGGAAUACAUCAUGGGACUGGGCCAGAUUUGAAGUUUGGGGUCACAAAUGGGCUGAUUUGUCAGAGCACAAUUUUGGAGUGGCUCUGCUCAAUGACUGCAAAUAUGGCUAUUCGGUCCAUAAGAACACAAUGACACUCUCUCUGUUGAGGGCACCUAAGGCUCCAGAUGCCAACGCUGAUAUGGGGACACAUCAUUUUACCUAUGCAGUCAUGCCACACACAGGCUCCUUCCAAGAUGCCGCAGUCAUCCAGUGCGCAUACAACCUCAACUUCCCUUUGAGGUUAACACCGUGCUCCCCGGAAACGGCCCCAUGGAGUGCCUUUUCCGUCAGCCCUGCCAGUGUUAUCCUGGAGACAGUAAAACAGGCUGAGGACAGAAAGGGAGCCCUUGUGGUCAGACUGUAUGAGGCUCACGGCGGCAGCGUGAUAGCGACCCUCCGCUCGACGCUUCCUGUCAAGGAGGCCUGGCAUUGUGAUCUUCUAGAGCAAACAGACACUGCUGAGCCUGUACGUGUGACUGCAGAUGGAAUCACUCUUAACUUCAGCCCUUUUCAAGUCAGAUCAAUUCUGCUUGUUGUUAAUGCAUAAUAUUGUGAUGUGAUAAUGAAAAGCAAUAGAAUGAACCUGGUGAACUGUAUGAAUGAAUUAUGUAAUUUUGCAUUGUACUUUAAAACAUUCCAAUGACAACUCUGUAGAAAAAAGUUUGAUGAAAACCACAUCAUGAAAUAAUGAAGGAAGUGCCAAGUUAGCUUGAUUGCUUAUGCAAAUUAGCCUCACCUUCAGUCUACUCAUCUCUGUCAAGGCUGUUUGGUACAAUAUGGCUAACUCAACAAAUUAAUAAAACUGCAGUCAAAUUUGUGGAUGAAUUGUGUAAUUUUUGGUGGUACUUUAUUUAAAAUAUUCCAAUGAACUAUUGUUAAAAAUAGUUUUAUUAAAAUAUAAAGGAAUAAAAGCAGUAUUUCAAAACA